ACGUCUGGGCAGCUGCCAGAGAGAGCCCGCAGGGCGGAUCCCUCGUCCUGGGUCCGGCGCGCGCACGCGCGUGGGGCCCCCGCGGCCGGCUCAGGCCGCCAGGGAGCCCAGCGAGGGCACCUGUGGGGCGCCGCCGCCCGCGGCGCCCGCGCGGGGGCUGCCGAAGAAGUACGCCGGGCCCGUGCGGUCGAAGCCGGGACUCGGCAGGAUGCCGCCGCGGCCCCAGGCGCGGCCCCGCCCGCGCGCCACCGCCUCGAGCAUGCCCCCGGGCGGCUCGCUGACAGCGCGGGGCGGCGGGCCGCCGCCGCCGCUGGGCAGCCGGCGCACCUCCAGGAGCGCACCCUGGGCGUUGCCCGGCGCCGCUGCGGCCAGGCCCUCCGGCGCGGGCGCGCCCGGCCGGCAGCACCUCGCCAAAUG